AUUAGCAACGGCUAGAAUGCCUAAGAGUGAUCUCAUAAAGCAGAGAAUCCUUUUCAGGGUCCCUCUCUGCUUCUGCUUAGAAUUCAGGUGCCAAGGAGAUCCUUAGGCAGAGGUGUUUAGCUGUAUGAUACAAGUGAGGCAUUAAGACAAAAAGUUUGGAAAAUGUCUCAACAUUAUCACUACAAUCCUGUCCGAGUCAAAUCUGGCUCACUGUUUACUACAGCGUCGAGUGCAUUGCAAGCAAAACUCAGCAAAUUUAAGAGGAAGGAUACAGAAUGCCAGGCUUACUUCAGGAGGGUUACCAAGAGUACUCUCUUCCAGGUCGUGAUGAUCGCCACGGUCACCGCCAACUCCUUUUUACUGGUCUUGGGGACUGAUUAUAACUUACAGUUCAGGCUGUUUAGAAUCUUUGAGUUUCUCAUGAAGGUCUAUGUGGACCCCACUGACUAUUGGAAGGAUGGCUAUAACCUACUGGAUAUGACCAUUCUCGUUAUUAUCACAAUACCCUAUAUCCUCCACAAAUUCAAGGGAGAUCAUUUUGCGUACCUCCACUUUGCUAAUGGCAUCCAGUCUCUACGAAUCCUCAAGCUCAUCUCCUACAGCAGGGGCAUCAGGACGCUCAUCAUUGCUGUGGGGGAGACGGUCUACACUGUGGCCGCCGUGCUGACCCUGCUCUUCCUCCUCAUGUUCGUGUUUGCCAUCCUGGGAUUCUGCCUGUUUGGCAUGACGGACAGAGGCGACAUGGAAAACUGGGGGAACCUGGCUGCAGCUUUCUUUACCCUCUUCAGUUUGGCCACGGUUGAUGGCUGGACAAACCUGCAGGAGGAGCUGGACAAGCGGAAGUUUACUAUAAGCCGAGCAUUUACCAUCCUCUUCAUCUUGCUUGCCUCUUUCAUCUUCCUCAACAUGUUUGUGGGUGUGAUGAUCAUGCACACGGAGGACUCCAUCAAAAAGUUUGAGCGGGAUCUGACAUUGGAGAGGAACUUGGCGAUUAUGGAGGAGAAGCAAAUAAUCCUGAAACGCCAGCAAGAGGAGGUCAACAGACUGAUGAACACACAGGUAACUGGUAGCAAGAACUUCGUUGACAUGGUGGAAGGCUUCAAGAAGACCCUGCGGCACACAGACCCCAUGGUCCUGGAUGACUUCGGCACUAGCCUCCCUUUUAUUGAUACCUACUUGUCCACUCUGGACAACCAGGACAUUGUUGUCAGCAAUCUCCAGGUGCUUUACUAUGAGAUUGUGAACGUACUGAGUCUGAUGCUUGAAGACAUGCCCAAAGAGAGCCUGUCCAGUUCCUCGGGAGUAAGUUAGAGGUCGUUGGGAGUGUGUGGCCUCGAAGACUAUGACAGUUCCAUUAAACACAAGCCUUCAGGGGUGGUUUCUCA